UAGCUCCGGGGGCGGGUCGCUAGCGGGAGCGAGGGCCGCGCGAAAGCCGGUGUGUGCGCCCCCCCCAUCUUGUACCACGGGCGACCCCGCGCGCUAGGGGAGGGCCGGCAUACGUUUCCGGGAGUGGGAGCCUUCACCUUGGUCAGGUGAGGCUUGGGUGAACACUCAGCCGAGGAGUAACCUAACCCGACACCGCGUCCACUCGGGGGCACAAUGGCAGCCACAGUCAGGAAACAGAGGCCAAGGAGGCUUGCCUGUUGGAUCUUGAUGACGAUCCUCUUGGCAGACUUGUUGGCAUUGAGUGAUACUCUGGCUGUGAUGUCUGUGGACCUGGGCAGUGAAUCCAUGAAGGUGGCCAUUGUCAAACCUGGAGUGCCCAUGGAGAUUGUGUUGAACAAGGAAUCCCGGAGGAAAACUCCAGUGUGUGUUACCUUGAAAGAAAAUGAAAGGUUCUUAGGAGACACUGCAGCAGGCAUGGCCAUCAAGAACCCAAAGGCUACACUCCGUUAUUUCCAGCACCUCUUAGGGAAGAAAGCAGAUAACCCCCAUGUGGCCCUUUAUCGGGACCGUUUCCCUGAACAUGAACUAAGCAUUGACAAACAGAGGCAGACUGUGAGCUUCCAGAUCAGCCCGCAGCUUCAGUUCUCACCUGAGGAGGUGCUGGGCAUGGUUCUCAACUACUCCCGUUCCCUGGCUGAAGAUUUUGCAGAGCAGCCUAUUAAAGAUGCAGUGAUCACCGUGCCAGCCUUCUUCAACCAAGCUGAGCGCCGAGCUGUGUUGCAGGCUGCCCGCAUGGCUGGUCUCAAAGUGCUGCAGCUCAUCAACGACAACACUGCCACUGCCCUUAGCUAUGGUGUGUUCCGACGGAAAGAUAUUAAUGCCACUGCACAGAAUGUCAUGUUCUAUGACAUGGGCUCAGGCAGCACUGUGUGCACCAUCGUGACCUACCAGACAGUGAAGACGAAGGAGGCUGGGAUGCAACCACAGCUGCAGAUCAGAGGUGUGGGGUUUGACCGUACCCUGGGUGGCCUAGAGAUGGAGCUUCGCCUACGGGAACACUUGGCUGGACUCUUUAAUGAGCAACGCAAGGGACAGAGAGCUAAGGAUGUCCGAGAAAACCCACGUGCCAUGGCCAAGCUGUUGCGGGAGGCCAAUCGGCUCAAAACCAUCUUGAGUGCCAAUGCCGACCACAUGGCCCAGAUUGAAGGCUUGAUGGAUGAUGUGGACUUCAAGGCAAAAGUGACUCGAGUGGAGUUUGAAGAGUUGUGUGCAGACUUGUUUGAGCGGGUGCCUGGGCCUGUCCAUCAGGCUCUCCAGAGUGCGGAGAUGAGCUUGGAUGAGAUCGAGCAGGUGAUCCUAGUAGGUGGAGCCACUCGUGUUCCCAAAGUUCAGGACGUGCUGCUGAAGGCUGUGGGCAAGGAGGAGCUAGGGAAGAACAUCAAUGCAGAUGAAGCAGCUGCCAUGGGGGCUGUAUACCAGGCAGCUGCACUCAGCAAGGCCUUCAAGGUGAAGCCCUUUGUCGUGCGUGAUGCUGUCAUCUACCCCAUCCUGGUGGAGUUCACAAGGGAGGUAGAGGAGGAGCCUGGGAUUCACAGCCUGAAGCACAAUAAACGCGUGCUCUUCUCACGCAUGGGGCCCUACCCCCAACGAAAAGUCAUCACCUUUAACCGCUACAGCCAUGAUUUCAACUUUCACAUCAACUAUGGUGACCUGGGCUUCCUGGGGCCUGAGGAUCUUCGGGUGUUUGGCUCCCAGAAUCUGACCACAGUGAAGCUAAAAGGUGUGGGUGAGAGCUUCAAGAAAUAUCCAGACUACGAGUCCAAGGGCAUCAAGGCGCACUUCAACUUGGAUGAGAGUGGUGUGCUCAGUCUAGACAGGGUGGAGUCUGUUUUUGAGACCCUGGUGGAGGAUAGCCCAGAGGAGGAAUCUACUUUAACCAAACUUGGCAACACUAUUUCCAGCCUGUUUGGAGGUGGUACCACAUCAGAUACCAAAGAGAAUGGUACUGAUGCUGUCCAGGAAGAAGAGGAGAAUCCUGCUGAGGGAAGCAAAGAUGAGCCUGGAGAGCAGGGGCAGCUGAAGGAGGAAGCUGAGGCCCCAGUGGAGGAUACCUCUCAGUCUACUACUCCUGGGCCUAAAGGGGACAAAGCCACUGAUCAAGACAAGCCUGCUGAAAAAGAUAGUGGGGACAAGCCUGAGCCCCAGAAGCCCAAUGAAAAGGGGCAGGUAGGGCCUGAGGGUGUCCCUCCAGCCUCUGAGGAGGAAAAGAAGCAGAAGCCUGCCCGGAAGCAGAAGAUGGUAGAGGAGAUCGCUGUGGAGUUAGCUGUUCUGGACCUGCCUGACUUGCCAGAGGAUGAGCUGGCUCGUUCUGUGCAGAAACUUGAGGACUUGACCCUCCGAGACCUGGAAAAGCAGGAACGAGAGAAAGCUGCCAACAGCUUGGAAGCAUUUAUCUUUGAGACCCAGGACAAGCUGUAUCAGCCCGAGUACCAAGAAGUGUCUACUGAGGAACAGAGGGAAGAGAUCUCUGCGAAACUCAGUGCCACCUCCACCUGGCUGGAGGAUGAAGGAUUUGGGGCCACUACUGUGAUGUUGAAGGAGAAGUUGGCUGAGCUAAGGAAGCUAUGCCAAGGACUUUUUUUUCGGGUGGAAGAGCGCAAGAAAUGGCCUGAACGGCUUUCAGCCCUGGACAAUCUCCUCAACCAUUCUAGCAUUUUCCUCAAGGGCGCCCGGCUUAUCCCAGAGAUGGACCAGAUCUUCACUGAGGUGGAGAUGACAACGUUAGAGAAAGUCAUCAAUGAGACCUGGGCCUGGAAGAAUGCAACUAUGGCUGAGCAGGCCAAGCUUCCUGCUACAGAGAAGCCCGUGCUGCUCUCAAAAGACAUUGAGGCCAAGAUGCUGGCUCUGGACCGUGAAGUACAGUAUCUGCUCAACAAAGCCAAGUUUACCAAGCCCCGGCCCCGGCCCAAGGACAAGAAUGGCACCCGAACAGAGCCUCCCCUCAAUGCCAGUGCCAGUGACCAGGGGGAGAAAGUCAUCCCAACCACAGGCCAGACUGAAGAGGCAAAGCCCAUUAUAGAACCUGAAAAAGAAGAGUCUCGUUUGGAAGCAGACGCAGCAGACUCUGAACCUCUGGAGUUAGAAGGUCCUGCUGCAGAAUCAGAACAAAAGGAGCAGCCAGCUGAACAGAAGCGGCCUGUGAAGAACGAUGAGCUAUAACCCACCUCCUGUUGCCCCACUCAUCUCCAGCCCCUACCCUCUAUUUAUUACACAUUAGGGUGAGGGCGAGGCUUGAUCCUGCCCUCAGGGGCUCAAGUUCCUACUCUCACCCUGGGGCAGGAGGGGAGCGCUCAACAGUUCCUUAUGGAAUAGCUCCAUGGUUAAAAUCUAAUUUUGUUCUGUCCCCUGCCCUACUCUCUGGUCCCCUACCCAUCCGGCCCUGCAUUUGGGAAAAAUCACUAUUAUGUCUUAAUUGGUUGCCUGUGGGUAGGUGAGAGAAUGGCUCCCAGUGGUUGAUAACAGGAAGGAAGAAUGUCCUGGGACACUGGGGAGUGUCCCAUCUUCUCUAGACAUCCUUUCCUCUUCCUUGAAAUCAGUGUCCCAUUUGGGCCAGUGUCUAGAGAGCCUUGGUCAGUCAUCAGCUUUGGUGUCUUUCCGAGCUCUUCCCUCUUCUUUCCUUAGCCCCUCCCCCAAAUUCUUCUCUGGCUUCUGGCUUCACUCUUUCCCUUGCUUUCCUGGUGAAGGUUGGGCUGCUUCUCACAGGCCCAUGCGACCCCUGGUGGCCAGAGUAAGAAGGGAGUCCCCUACCUUCCUGGAGUGAGAGAUGUAGAAAAGCCACCUGUGAGCUAUGGGGCUCUGGAAAGCCAUGUAGAGUGGUUGGCAAGGAUGCCGGUAUCUGUAGGCACUCAGAACCCUUUCCUCUCCAGGUUCCUGUGACACAUACCCCUUCCCUGCCUCUUCCAGACCAAGUCUUUUCCUUUCCCCUCCUUCCCCUUGGACUGACCAAAAAUGUGCUUUCUACUGUGAGCCCUUGUCCUGAGACUCUGGAAGAUGGAAAGACCAUGGUGUGAAUGUAAAAAUGCCACCUCACUCUUUGAGGCAGGCUUUGUGGGUAAAGGAAGAGGGUCGGGGCUGGCCUUCCUGGGGUGCACUGCUCUGCUAAGAGGGAGCCCUAACCCACUAUGCUGAUGCCCGGGGAGCCUGCCCUGAAGUAUCAUGUCUGUAACAGGAACUAGGGCUAUUGUACUAGCCCCAGGACAAAACAAACCCAGUCGUGUCAGUCAUUUUGUCUUCUCUCCUAUUCCCCCCUCCUUUUUUUGCCACAUUGGCAGAGACUUAAAGGCCCCACUCAGCCCUCUUUCUGUAUGUUUGAGUUCUUUCAUUAGCAGUUCAGGCUGGUUGGACAGGUUUGAAUCAUACUGUACUUAGCUCCAUUGUUAGUUGACAAACUUUCAAUAAAAUAUUCUUUUCUAUAAA